AUGGCUGCCUUAAACCACACUGGUGUUAGCCACACGGUCUUCUGCUUACAGGAUCAGCACAUGUGGAUUUCCAUCCCCUUCCUUAUUUCCUAUGUCGUCGCCCUGCUUGGAAACAGCCUGCUCAUCGGCAUUAUCCUCACAAGGCGCAGCCUCCAGGAACCCAUGUACCUCUUCCUCUACAUGCUGGCUGGAGCAGACCUUGUCCUCCCCUCAUGCACCGUACCUCAGGCAUUGGCCAUCUUCUGGUUCCAUGCUGGGGAGAUCUCCCUGGAUUGCUGUAUCACUCAGGUAUUCUUUCUCUCUUUCACUUUUGUUUCUGAGUCAGGGAUCUUGGUGGUGAUGGCAUUUGACUGCUACAUUGCCAUAUGCUACCUAUUGAGAUACACCACUAUUCUUACACCUGCUCUGAUUGGGAAAAUUGGUGUGACCCUCUGUCUGAGAAGUUACUGUAUUGUUUUCCCCAUAAUAUUUCUUCUGAGAAGAUUGACUUUCUGCAAAAGUAACAUCCUCCCAAACACAACUUGUAAGCACAUUAUCUUGGCCCAUGCUUCCUGUAAUGACAUUCGAGUGAACAUCUGGUAUGGGAUUUUUGUCCUAGUAUCAACAGUGGUCUUAGAUAUUGUGCUAAUUUUUAUUUCGUAUGUGCUGAUUCUCCGUGCUGUUUUCCGCAUCCCAUCCCGAGCUGCACGCCAUAAAGCUCUCAAUACUUGUGGUUCCCAUAUCUGUGUCAUUGUCCUCUUUUAUGCACCUGGCAUCUUCUCUGUCCUCACUCAGCGAUUUGGACAUCAUAUCUCACCCCAUGUCCAUGUCCUCCUGGCCAGUGCCUAUAAUCUGGCUCCACCUAUGAUGAAUCCCAUCAUUUAUGGAAUCAAGACCAAACAGAUCCGGGACCAGGUGGCUCAUGUAUUGUUUACAAUGCAGAAAGGAAUGUGA